AUGUUCACCGUCAAGACCCUCACUGCUAUCGUCCUGGCUGCUGCUAGCGUGUCAGCCGCCCCGACAGCCACUACCCGAUCCUAUCCUGACCAGACCGUAACACUCACUGGCACAACACACUCCGUCGUUGCUGGCCUCGGUGGUCUCAGGUUCGACCCGGACAAUGUUGUCGCUGAGGUUGGCGACAUUGUCGAGUGGCACUUCCUCCCCAAGAACCACAGUGUAGCGCAGUCAUCAUUUGCCGCCCCCUGCGUGCCACAAGAGAAUGCCUUCUUCAGUGGCUUUCAGCCCACCCCCGAGGGCCAGGCUCCGGAUGUCUUCCAGAUCGUGGUCAAGGACAAGGCGCCCAUCUGGUACUACUGCGCCCAGACAGUUGGUUCCCAUUGCAAAAGCGGUAUGGUUGGAGUCAUCAACCAAAAUUUCGACGGCCCCAACACGCUGGAUGCUCAUAAGGCGCUGGCAGCCAAUACUAACGUUACAAUCAUCCCACCUGUCAGCGCUGGCCUGAACGACGGCAACGUCCUCCCCAACCCCAACCCCCAGGGAGGUUUCUAA